CAUUUAGUGAGAAAGCCAGACAGACACACUGGCCUCAUCGGCAUGUCUCUGUCCAUGCGAGCACAACAUCUCCUCCUCCUCCUCCUCUCUCUCUCAUCCCAUAUGAUACUCAGCCGCUAUAUUCGCGAUGAUGACAACACCUCGGCCGGAUCCUAUCCGCUUCUCAGCUUGGAGCAGAAGAGGGAAUCAGCGGACUUUAUUUUCAGACGAACCCUCAGAUGCCUGGACAUGUUGGCCACCGAAGGCCACUUCACCUUCACGGUGGCGGUGCCACAGCAGCUGCUUUGCGCCACCUUCAUUAUCAGCGAGCCUGGCGAGGUUAUCAGUCUGGAGCUCUCUGACGUCAACAUCGACUGCAACGCUGGCGACUUUAUCAAGAUAUUUGAUGGCUGGGUUUUGAAGGGGGAGAAGUUCCCCAGCAGUCAGGACCACCCGCUGCCUUUGCACCGGCGCUACACGGACAUCUGCUCCUCUACGGUGCCGGGCCAUGCCAUUCGCUCAUCUCAGAAUGUCGCCAUGGUCUUCUUCCGCAUUCGCAGCCCUAACAGUGGCUUCACCCUCAUUGUCAAGAAGCUGCACAACCCUUUCCCGUGCAACAUCAUGUCUCAGAGUCCCGAGGGCAGCUUCACCAUGGUGAUGCCCUAUCAGAACAGGAACUGCAGCUUCUCCAUCAUUUACCCGGUGGAGAUACAGGUGACGCAGCUCACCUUGGAACAGGACCAAAGCAACCAGCUCAGGCCCAUGGUGAGGCCAUCCUCCGGAUGUUUGGGUUCUGGUGACUACGUGGAGUUACUGGGAGGAAAUGGUGUGGACACAUCCCACAUGUUCCCUGUCGCUGAGCUGUGUUUUCCUCUCAGUGCACCUGCCCAGAUGAAAAUCGGUUGUGAUAACUCAGUGGUGAGGCUGGUGUCCAGCGGAAACUACAUCAACCGAGUGUCUUUCCGCUACCGACUACUCCAACGUAACGAGCUGCCCGAAACUCACGAGAAUAGCCUGGACAACAUGUGCAAUGUCGAAUAGGACACCAAAUGACAUCAAAUCUGUAAAUACAAACAUCUGGUUAAACCAGUAGGAAGUAUUUUAGUUUUAUUAGUACUGUAUUUAUUUAAUGAACUGUGCUGGUUAUUUCUCAUCGACAAAUUCAUUUGUUUGAUGUUAAAUCCCUAAACAAAUAUGAUUUUGUUUAUUGUUUAGAAAAUUCUGUGUAACAUUCUUAUAUAUCACUUGUUUGUAUUGCUUUGAACAAAUAUAAAAUACAAAAA